GCGUGACGAGCGGUGUUGGAAACUUGACAAAAAUUUGAAACGAAAGUAGAAGCAGAAUAUUUAAAAUACUGUGUUACUGGUUGAUCGUUCGUACUUUCGGGAAGUACCUGAAAUUGUAAGCAUGCGCAAGAAAUGUUCUUUACUGCACAAGAGGUAACGUCGAUUCAUGAUAGAGGAAUAGACGCCAGUCUUUAGAUAACAGUGGACAUGAAAAGUCCAAAAUAUAACGGAUACCAAGAUUUCGAAUGGGCGGUGAAACUCAAUCGGUUCACUUUAAAUUUGAUUGGACUUUGGCCUAAGAUCGCACGAAAUCGUCGAGAGAAAUUGAUGUGCAAUUUUCGAAUGCUGAUAGCUUGGCUGGGAAUAAUCGGCUUGAUUAUCCCCUCUAUUCACUCCCUGAUAAAAAUUUUCGGAGACACUUUACUCAUGUUAGAUAAUUUACAAUUUACUUUACCAAUAAUAAGUUGUGCGAUUAGAAUUAUGAUUUUUCGGUGGAAAAAAGAAGCUAUUAUUCCGAUUAUGAAUAUGAUCGCGAAGGAUUGGAUAAAGUUGAAAAGUGAUCAAGAAAGAAACUUGAUGAUCCAAAGAGCGCGAACAGCACGGAAAAUUAACAUUUGUUCCUACUGCAUAAUGGGAUUACAGUACUUCUUUGUGGUCGGACUACCUGUUUUUGGAAUGACAAUGAGAUUGACUCCAAAUAUUACUGACCCAGGAAAACCACUGCCUUACCAAUCCUAUUACGUUUACGAUGUAACCAAAAGACCACAAUACGAACUGACAUUCAUUAGUCAAAGCAUCUACUUAGCUAUUGGCAUGAUGGUUUAUACCGGAGUCGACAAUUUCCUCAGUCUUUUGAUUUUUCAUAUAUGUGGUCAGUUGGAGAUUAUUAAAAAACGUUUGCAAUGUUUGGAUAAAUACAUAAAUUGCCACAAAGUGUUAAGAUGUUGUGUAGCAAAACAUAACUCUUUGCUUAGAGCUAUUAGUAUUAUUGAAGAUACGUAUAACGUAAUACUUCUCUGUUUGUUUAUAUAUUUUGCCAUACUUUUUGCUUUUUAUGGAUUUCGGCUGAUCAACCUAUUCAUCGAAGGAAAUAAUAUGUCAGCUAUUAACUUAAUCUAUUUCGUGUCCACUGUUUUUAAUAUAUUUGUACACAUGUGCCUAUAUUGUGUUCUCGGCGAGAUUCUGGUGGCCCAGUGUAAUAAAAUAUACUAUGCGGCAUACACUAAUGAAUGGUACACCAUGGAUCCAAAAGUUACAGAAGAUUUGUUAUUCUUAAUGACAAGAGGUUCUAAACCAAUUUAUCUCACUGUUGGGAAAGUAUCUCCAGUUACAAUGGCUACAUUUUGCAGUUUACUGAAAACAUCCGUUGGUUAUAUAUCUGUUUUGCAUACAACGAGGCGGUGAUAGAAAACGUGAAAGAAACAUACCUGAAGUUUUUUUUCAAUAUAUGUAUAAUGCAAUUUUUUAUAGAACUCGAUAAAAUUGUGUUGAAAUGAAUGUUAUUUGCAAAUAAAUAUAUCUCAAAUUAUUCAAGUGGAAUAUGCUUAGAAUUUUAUUAAAUAAUGUUAAAUAAAGAUUAAGCGAUGUAAUGAUGAUGUUAGAGGCGAUGGAGUGAGUUUAAUUGGAAG